UUCCGCGUCUUCCUGCGUUGGCUCCUCCGUCUCUGCCGCUCACGGGGCUGCCGUAUAAAUAGGGGCCUUUUACUAAAACAGGCAACCCCGAAACGCCGCUACGUAUUUCUUAGAUCUCCGUUUCAUUCCACUCCGCAAGGAGGCGGAGGAGAAAGGCAGAGCAAUCAUAGCUUCCCCACCCCCCGCUCGCUUCCUUUAUUAGCCAGCGUCGCCUCCGCAUUUCCUUCCCUGCCACCUCCUCCAUCGGUCGCCGCCCCCAUCCACCGAUCGAUCCUUCGCAGUAUAUAAGUUCCAAGUGUUCUGUGGCAGUUUUUUGUCGUGGAGCCGCCUGCCACUGCCACUCUCUUCUGUUCAAUCAAUACAUUUUAACUUUUAAGGUUACUUCUAGAUGUCAACGGCAAAACAGGUGCUUGAUCCUGCAUUUCAAGGAGCUGGCCAAAAACCUGGGACAGAAAUAUGGCGGAUUGAAGAUUUUAAGCCAGUUCCUUUGCCAAAAUCUGAUUAUGGUAAAUUCUACUGUGGAGAUUCGUAUAUAAUUCUGCAGACGACUUGCAACAGGGGUGGUGCUUAUCUUUUUGACAUCCACUUCUGGAUUGGGAAAGAUUCCAGUCAAGAUGAAGCUGGCACUUCAGCAAUCAAGACAGUUGAACUUGACACCAUGCUUGGAGGUCGUGCAGUGCAGCACAGGGAACCCCAAGGCUAUGAAUCUGAUAAAUUUCUAUCAUACUUCAAGCCAUGCAUUAUACCCUUGGAGGGAGGUUUCGCCUCUGGGUUUAAGAAGCCAGAAGAAGAUAAGUUUGAAACACGUCUAUAUAUCUGCAAAGGAAAGAGAGCUAUCAGAGUUAAAGAGGUUCCCUUUGCUCGUUCGGCAUUAAACCAUGAUGAUGUCUUUAUCUUAGAUAGUGAAAAGAAAAUCUAUCAAUUCAAUGGUGCUAACUCCAACAUUCAAGAAAGAGCGAAAGCACUGGAAGUGAUCCAACAUUUAAAGGAAAAGUACCAUGAAGGAGUGUGUGAUGUUGCAAUUGUUGAUGAUGGAAAACUGCAAGCAGAAUCAGACUCUGGUGAAUUCUGGGUCCUUUUUGGUGGUUUUGCACCAAUAGGGAAGAAAGCUGUAAGCGACGAUGAUGUUAUUCUUGAAACUGCACCGACAAAGCUUUACAGUAUCAACAAUGGUAAACUGAAGUUAGAAGACAUUGUUCUGACAAAAUCAAUUCUUGAGAACACUAAAUGCUUUUUACUUGACUGCGGCUCGGAGUUAUUUGUAUGGGUUGGUCGAGUAACACAAGUGGAUGAUAGGAAAGCUGCAAGUGUAGCAGUUGAGGAAUUCAUUGUUAAUCAAAAUAGGCCAAAAACAACGAGAGUAACUCAAGUAAUUCAAGGUUAUGAGACUCAUACAUUCAAGUCCAAGUUUGAAUCUUGGCCGAUAAGUAGCACAGCAGGAAAUGCCAGCAUGGAGGAUGGCCGAGGAAAAGUUGCAGCGCUGUUGAAGAAAAAAGGUGAUGUUAAGGGAGCCUCAAAAACCAGUGCUACAGUAAACGAGGAAGUUCCUCCUUUGCUUGAAGGCGGUGGAAAGCUUGAGGUUUGGUAUAUUGAUGGCAGUGCUAAGACUGCUCUUCCGAAGGAGGAUCUUGGAAAAUUUUACAGCGGAGAUUGUUAUAUUGUUCUCUAUACAUAUCAUUCUGGUGACAAGAGAGAAGAAUUCUAUCUAACUUACUGGAUUGGGAAGGACAGUGUACUGGACGAUCAACAGAUGGCUUGUCAAAUGGCUAACACAAUUUGGAAUGCAAUGAAAGGAAGACCUGUUCUGGGUCGUAUUUAUCAAGGGAAAGAACCACCACAAUUUAUUGCUCUUUUCCAGCCCAUGGUUAUUUUUAAGGGUGGAAUCAGCUUCAGAUACAAGAAAUUUAUAGAAGAGAAGGGCUUGAAAGAUGCAACAUAUUCUGCCACUGGCAUUGCUCUUGUUCAAAUUAUUGGGACAUCAACUCAUAAUAAUAAAACACUUCAAGUUGAUGCGGUGUCAACAUCCUUGAGUUCCACGGAUUGCUUUGUCUUGCAAUCUGGAAAUUCAAUGUUUACAUGGAUUGGCAACACAAGUUCUCAUGAACAACAACAGUGGGCUGCAAAAGUUGCUGAGUUCUUGAAGCCUGGCGGUACUAUCAAACAUUGCAAGGAGGGAACUGAGAGCUCUGCUUUCUGGUCUGCUCUUGGUGGAAAGCAGAAUUACACAAAUAGAAAUGCAUCACAGGAUGUUCUUAGGGAGCCUCAUUUGUAUACUUUCUCAUUUAGGAAUGGAAAGCUUGAGGUUACUGAAGUUUUCAAUUUUUCACAAGAUGAUUUGUUGACUGAAGAUGUCAUGGUACUUGACACGCAUGCCGAAGUCUUUGUUUGGAUGGGUCAGUGUGUGGACACAAAAGAAAAACAGAAUGCAUUUGAAAUUGGCCAGAAAUACGUAGAGCAUGCAGUGACCUUUGAAGGUCUUUCUCCUGAUGUGCCUCUGUAUAAAUUCAGUGAAGGGAAUGAACCUUGCUUCUUUAGGACAUACUUCUCCUGGGAUAACACCAGAGCUGUGAUUCACGGGAAUUCAUUUCAGAAGAAACUUUCACUUCUUUUUGGGAUGCGUUCAGAGAGUGGAUCUAAGGGCUCAGGUGAUGGUGGACCAACUCAAAGGGCAUCAGCAUUGGCCGCUCUUUCGUCCGCGUUUAAUCCAUCUUCCCAAGAUAAACAGUCAAAUGAUGGGCCUAGAAGCUCUGGUGAUGGUGGACCUACUCAGCGUGCAUCAGCAUUAGCUGCAUUAUCAUCUGCACUCAAUCCAUCAUCAAAACCCAAAAGCCCACAGUCACAAUCCCGUCCAGGUCAAGGUUCUCAGAGAGCAGCUGCUGUUGCAGCACUGUCUAAUGUUUUAACUGCUGAGAGUCCUCGCAAUGAUGCUGAGAAGACAGAAUUAGCACCUUCAGAUGCUUCUCCUCUGGGUGAAGCAGCGGGGUCCUCAGAAUUUGAUGAAGGGCCAGGAGAGAGAACAGAACCUGAUGUAUCACAGGAAGAAACUGCUAAUGAAAAUGGAGGUCAAACAACCUUCAGCUAUGAACGUUUGAUAUCAAAGUCCACUGACCCUGUCCGUGGGAUAGAUUACAAACGCAGAGAGACUUAUCUAUCGGAUGACGAAUUCCAGACUGUAUUCAGUAUGACUAAGGAUGAAUUCUACCAGCAGCCAAGGUGGAAGCAAGAGUUACAGAAAAGAAAAGCUGAUCUUUUCUGACUCAUGGUCAUUUUCGGCUGCAGCGAUUGCACAAUUCAGUUAUCUCUUCCACGAAUGGUUCCAUGGCACACAUCUGUUCCAGAGGCUACUAUCGGCAGCUUCAUCUGCUGAUUUCCCCAAGUUUUUAGGCUAUUUUCUAUUCGUAUAUGAUUUGUGUUAAGCAGCUCCAAGGGUUGUCCCUACACUAUGAGUUUAUUUGAUCUGGUCAUUGGUCGUCCAUUUGUACAUUAUUUUCCGGCUCAAUUUGGUCAUAGGUCAUUUCUGGCGAGUUUUUCAAAAGCCAUCCUAUAUUGGCACUACAUUGUAUGACAUAUAUCAAAUUCCAGACUAAAGAGUAAAGACUUAUGCUUUUGUUAGUCAUAUUAA